UGUCCCGUCGCGAGACACGGGACUACGGAUUGCUCCCACCAAAACACGAUGGACUUCGACGCGAUCCUAGAAGACGUGGGGGAGUUCGGCAACUACCAGAAGCUGGUGAUCUACUUGGUGCUGUUGCCGGCGGUUCUGCCGUGCGGUUUCCAUGCGUACGCACAGCUGUUCAUGGCCGCUGACGUUGGCCACUGGUGCCGGGUGCCGGAGCUCGACCAUGUAGCUGAUAUGGAGGUCGUUAAGAACCUCAGCAUACCAUUUGAGCUCAAAAGCGGUAUCCUCCAAUACUCCCAGUGCACUAUGUACAACCACAACUAUACCGACAUUUUGAAGAACUACCAAAGCCUGGAAGAAGCCAUAUCUAAGGAGACUCCCGCCGACAUCGUGCCUUGCAGGAGCGGAUGGACUUACGAUCGGAAUAUUUACAGGAACACAGUAGUUUCUGAGAAUGGUAAAUACACGGAGCGCAACUCGAAGGGAGCAGCAGGAGAUUCAGAUUCAGCCAUCCGACGACUCCGAGCAGCUAGGAAAAAACGGCUAGAAUUUGAAACUGCGAAACAAAAGGCCAAAAUCGCUAUGGAUUUACUUGACAAGCAGUUGGAGGUGGAUAUCGCGGAACUUGAGGAUGAAUAUCCCGCAAAUAUCCAGCUUCACGAGAAUGGCGAUAGUGUGACGCAAUGGCUUGAGCAGCAAGAAAAUGAGCAACUUGUCCACGAUAAUGGACCCCAACCGGGCAAGUUGUGCUCUUCGGUACCACAUCAAGAGUCAGCGUCUAUGGAAAAUGCUGGCACGGUACACAUGUUGGCCGCUGCACUUAGAGACAUUGCGGCUACCUCUGCUGCAAACACCAACAAUGGUAACCUCUUAAGCCGUAUAUGCACACCACGAGAUCUCCCAGAGUUUUACGGAGACCCGAUGGAAUGGCUACCAUUCAAAGGAGCAUAUUACGAGUCAACUGAAGUAUGUAACUUCACACCCAAAGAGAACUUAUGGCGACUUAGAAAAUGCCUGCGUGGAGCCGCUAAGGAAGCAGUCUCGGCUCUAUUGAUCAGCGCAUCGUCGCCAGAAACUAUUAUGUCUACUCUUGAGCUGAGGUUCGGUAAUCCAGAUCUGAUAAUCUCAAGGGUACUACUGUUGGACAUAAAGAAAUUACCACCCUUGCCGAGCGAUUACCAGAGAGACAUAGUGCCAUUUGCUGUGAAGGUACAAAAUCUGAUAGAGGCCAUUCGAGCAUUGAAGCGAGAGGAAUAUCUACAAGUUUUCAACCGCCGCGACGACUCUACUGUUCAGCCAAGGCAACAGAACGCUUCUACGGAGACAGUCACGAACAUAAACUCGACUGAUCGGCGAGUGUUUUUGAAAGUCGUACCUGUACGCAUACACGGGCCGAAUGGAAUCAUCAGUACGAGUGCUCUCCUUGACGACGGGUCGACGGUGUCUUUAAUAAGCGCUACGUUGGCGGAGCGCGCCGGGCUGUGCGGCCGUCAGGAGAAAAUGCGGGUGUGCGGCGCGUGGACCAACAAUGAACUAGUUCUGGAUGCGACAAUAGUGAGCGUGGACAUUUCGGGUAUGGACGAGGGCGGAGACUGUCCCACUGAAAAUCACCUGUUGCAGGAUAUUCACGACGAGAUCAGGCGUUCAUUCACCUUGGACUCAUUGGGCGUCUUGGGUAAGCCUCGUCAAAAUGCUGAUGACGUGCGCGCUGAAGCUAUGCUGGAGCAAAGCGCUGAACUUGUCGACGGCCGCUGGAACGUUGGUUUACCAUGGCAGGUAAGGGUAGGAAAACGUAAUGAACCUUCGGCAACACUCACUCCCUUGGGCUGGUGCGUGCAUGGCAGCAUUAAUGUACCAAGUGAGGUCCGCUCCUCUCCUCAGGUUACUCUUUUUAUUUCAGAGGGUGGAGACUGUCCCACUGAAAAUCACCUGUUGCAGGAUAUUCACGACGAGAUCAGGCGUUCAUUCACCUUGGACUCAUUGGGCGUCUUGGGUAAGCCUCGUCAAAAUGCGGAUGACGUGCGCGCUGAAGCAAUGCUGGAGCAGAGCGCUGAACUUAUCGACGGCCGCUGGAACGUUGGUUUACCAUGGCGUGACAGGAACUGUCAAACGCCAGACUCUUACCCUAAUGCAUUACGACGUCUAAAAGGUAUCGAGCGUAAGAUGACGAAAGAUACAGGGUUUUCAUCUAGGUACGCGGAGAGAAUUCAGCACUUAUUAGAAAACGAUUUCGCUGAGGAACUAAAGGAUGAUGCUGUCACACCUAGGACGUGGGUAUUGCCACAUUUUGGUGUUGAUAACCCAAAUAAGAAAAAAUUAAGACUAGUUUUUGAUGCUGCUGAUAAAGUUGAAGGAUUUAGUCUUAAUGACUUUUUGCUUACAGGGCCAGAUUUACUCUUGUCGUUAUUUGGUGUCAUGCUGCGGUUCCGAGAAAAUAAAAUUGCAGUGACUGGUGACAUCAAGGACAUGUUUCUAAGAGUGAAGAUCAAGCCUGAGGAUCAGCAAGCGUUUCGAUUUUUAUGGAGAAGUAACCCCAAGGAAUCCGUUAAAACGAUUUUUGUCGCCCUUCACUAUACAAGGAAGAAUUAUGCUGCAGGAUACUUGGAGGAUAAACGUCNUUUUGAUUUUAUUGAAAACUUGAAUUUCAGAAUCGUAUCCAUGGGUUACUGGUCGCUGACGUUGACGAUAAUAAUGUACUUCAGCGAAGCUUUCUACUACCACUCCACGGAUCUGAACUUUUACAUUGUAUUCCCGUGUAUACUAAACAUUAUAACCUUACUCGGAUUGAUAUACCUACCAAGUAAACUGAAGCUCUUCGGCCAAAUACCAGGCACCUCUGGCAUGGACAGAGAAGUGGACGAUGAAAACACACAAAUCCUCCGACAAAUGGGCAACUUCCGAAGAAGAAAACCUGGCAACACCGUCAAAAACAAGCACGUCUGAUUGUGGUGUUGCCAUAGUAGAGAAAUAUUGACUGUGAGUAACUAAUUUGGUAGAAUAGGUAUUUAUGACAAGUUUUGGCAGUAAAAAAUGAUUCUGUGCCACAAACACUGGUUAGUAUUGUGACACACUUAGUUUUACACACGAUUUUAAUGUACAGUCACUAUCAAAUAGUUCGUGACACCCAAAGUGGGCAAAAACUUGACAACAACCUUAUUCCAAUUGGAAUAAAGACGUUUUUAGCCACUUUGGGUACCACGAACCAUUUGACGAUGCCUGUAGUAACGAAACAAGCACUUGUAUUUAAUUAGUUUGCUGUCAAAUAAUCCAGCAUGGCAACACUAUCUAACUCUGUUUCUGUAUUCUCUAUCUGUCCCUGUCAGUCGUACCAGGAUCUCCCUAUGUGUGAGUGGGAUGGGUAGAUAAUUAAGAAACUUUGUUGGAGCAGUUUCGCAGUUGUCCUUUAUUUGUAACUUUGACAGUACUUUCACUUUUAGGUUUGUGGCAUUGUACAAUUUGGAACUUAAACCAAAGAUGAUAAAAGUCAAAACCCAUUGGGGCAUGUUAAUGUGCUAUCGAGCGUAUAGUCAGCGUCAAAUAGUUAAUGACACCCAAAGCAGCCAAUAAGUUCGCAACACGUCUUUGUUUCAAUUGGAAUAAGGUUGUGUUUUCAAUUUUUUGGCCACUUUCGGUGUCACGAAUUAUUUGACCCUGACUGUACUAUUAUUGCGAUCUCAUUUCAGACGCUCAAGACAAUUUAUUGUGUUAAUUUUAAGCAAAAGUGAUCUGAGACUUAAAUUUUAGGUAAAGUACUUAAAAAAGUAAUUGCUUAAGUAGGUUUUUCUUACUAACUCCCUGAAGGUCUCCAAUUUAAUCUAUAGGUCUAAUGAGCUACCGUAUUUACGAUAGCUAGGUGGCACCACUGGUGAGAGGCAGGAACUAACUCAACAGUGGCGCCAAUUGGUGAAUUAGAUUUUUCUACUAUUCUACCAUUUUCAUUGAAGUUAAAAACAAUAUGGCAAGAUGCAUUUGAAGAUGCCGAAAAUGUUCGGUUUUUUAUUCAACAAAAUUUCAAAUUCUGAUUUUGUGGUGUACUUACUUCGUCAUACGCGUAUGGCAACACUUUAGUUCUUCUUUAUCACAUAAAGCGCCAUCUAGUACUGAGUAAAGGUACUAAUUUUGAGACCUGUAGGCCGCUUGUAAACAUCCGUUUUUUGACCGGACAACGGCCCGAUUUUUUCACCGGAUUUAGCAGUGGCGUAUGGUUUAUAAUGAACGUGUGCACAUGCAUCGGACAUG